AUGUCUGCUGCCAGCUGUCUGAGAUCUGAAGAUCAGUUUCUGUGCUGCAUCUGUCUGGAUGUGUUCACUGAUCCAGUCACCACACCAUGUGGACACAGCUUCUGCAAAAACUGCAUCAAUGAACACUGGAACAGUAAUGACCAGUACCUGUGUCCAAUGUGCAACAAGGUUUUCAACACAGUACCUGAGCUUCAAAUCAACACUUUGUUCUCUGAGAUGGUUUCUCAGUUCAGACAGGAAGCUCAACAGAAAGCCAGCAGCAGCAGCUCAGAGCAACAAGCUGCCAAACCAGGAGAAGUUCCCUGUGACGUCUGUACUGGAACCAAACUGAAGGCCCUGAAGUCCUGUCUGGUGUGUCUGACCUCCUACUGUGAGACUCACCUGGAGCCUCAUCUGACAAUGUCAGGCCUGAAAAGACAUCAGCUGAUGGACCCUGUGGAGAACCUGGAAGACAGGAUGUGUAUGAAGCACGAUAAACCUCUGGAGCUGUUCUGUAAGACCGACCAGACAUGUGUCUGCGUGCUCUGCUCUGUUUUAGACCACAAGACACAUGAGUUUGUUCCUCUGAAAGAAGAAUAUGAAGGAAAGAAGGCAGAGCUGGGGAAGACAGAGGCUGAAAUUCAGGAGAUGAUCCAGAAGAGACGACUGAAAAUUCAAGAGAUCAAACAGUCAGUUGACCUCAGUAAGGAAGCUGCAGACAGAGAGAAAGCAGAAGGUGUUCAGGUCUUCACCGCUCUGAAGGAUUCUGUUGAGAGAAGCCUGAAUGAGCUCAUGGAUACGAUUGAAGAGAAGCAAAGAACAACAGAGAAACAGGCUGAAGACUUCAUCAAAGAGCUGGAACAGGAAAUCUCUGAGCUGAAGAAGAGAAGCUCUGAGGUGGAGAAGCUCUCACACUCUGAAGACCACCUCCACCUCCUCCAAAACUUCCCGUCCCUGAAAGCUGCUCCACCCACCAAAGACUGGACAGAUGUCAGUGUCCGUCCAUCAUAUGAGGAGACUGUGGUGAGAGCUGUGGCUCAGCUGGAGGAGACGCUCAGUAAACAGAUGAAGAAGCUGUUUGAGGCUGAGCUGAAGAGGAUCCAGCAGUAUGCAGUGGAUGUGACUCUUGAUCCUGAUACAGCACAUCCUCAUCUCACCCUGUCUGAUGAUGGGAAACAAGUAAAUGAUAGUGAUGUGAAGAAGAAUCUCCCAGACAACCCAAAGAGAUUUACACGUUAUGUUAAUGUGUUAGGAAAGCAGAGUUUGUCUUCAGGCAGAUUUUACUUUGAGGUUCAGGUUAAAGAGAAGACUAACUGGAAUUUAGGAGUGGCCAGAGAGUCGAUCAACAGGAAGGGAGAAAUCACAUUGACACCUCAGGAUGGUUUCUGGACUAUAUGUUUGAGAAAUGGAAAUGAGUACAAUGCUGGUAAUAACACCCCAGUCCAUCUCUCUCUGAAGUCUCCUCCUCAGAAGGUGGGGGUGUUUGUGGAUUAUGAGGAGGGUCUGGUCUCCUUUUAUGACGUAGAUGCUGCAGCUCUUAUCUACUCCUUUACUGGCUGCUCCGUCACUGAGAAACUCUACCCAUACUUCAGUCCCUGUAAUAAUUAUGGUGGUAAAAACUCUGCCCCUCUGAUCAUCUGUCCUGUCAAUCAAACUGUCUGAGUCAAUACCAGGAUGUUGAUCGAUUAGAAACCAAAACUUAUCAAUUUUAAAUGAAAAGAUUCACUGUCAUUAAUGUCCGUGUAAAGUAAGAAUAAAUAUGUGUUCUGAGUUUGACAUACCACAGAAGAGUGUGUUGUUAACCACCCUGCCAAAUUUGAAUGAUUUAAAAAAUCGUCAAAUAUAUGAAAUUAGGCUUCAAAGUUGUGUAAUAGUCUGCCUAUUUCUCUUCUCUCAAAAGCUGUGGGCGUUCCCGCCAAGUUCGCGGAAGCCCCGCCCCCUACCAAGUGUCACCUGUCAAUCAAAGUCACCACCUCUACCAGAAACAUGAGAGCUUUCUGCUGCUAGCUUAGCUGCUAGCUUGGUGGUUAGCUCAGCUAACUGGCUAACUGUAGACUGUAGUAGUAGUAGUGUUAGAUAUUAACAAUAACUGGCCACUAGGCAGGUUAAGCACUGAGGAGAGCGGACUCUCGGUCUUAUAUAGUAGGGGAGGGACCAUAGUCACGCCAUUACCCGUUUUUUGUAGGCUCAGAAAAUCAGGAAAAAUGAGAGGGUGAGAAACAGUUUAAGGCUCUAUCUCCACAAUUCAGUACUGCAUAGUUAUCAGCCUUUUCACAUGUUUUCUGUAACCAUUUUCCAACAUGUAUAAUAUGUUUAGAAGUAAAUCAAUGAAUUGACUUUACAUGGACUUUAAUGAUAACAAAUGUAAAUAUUCAGCAGUACAGUGUGAAUUUAUUUUCAUCAGUUAAUUAAUGCAAUCCAGCUAAUUUGAAAGCCUCAUUUAUGCUUUUAGUGUAUAUAAUAUCCUUAAAUAACAGUCACAAAAUGUGAUCUAUUGAUUCGUGUCAUGAUUUUCAAACAAAUGUAUUUCAAUGUAAAUAACAUUUUGUGCCUGCAGUAAAUAUUUUUCAGUAUAGGGAUAUCAAAUAUGUGUCUUCUUUGAUACACAAAGGGUCACUCUGAUGUCUGUUCUUACCUGCUGGUGAU